ACGACGAUGGCUGUGACGCUGAAACAGGAGGUUAAUUUAUCGCGCCGUGCCUGCAGGCCUACAGACCGCUCACCGGAGCAGUGGACGCUGUUGACGCCCCGCGCGUCAGGCAUCUGUGACUGUCUUCGGCAUUACAGCGGCGCUAGUGAUUGUGGCGAACGAGGUGCUAACAGCUCGGAACUCACGGAACGCUGCACCAUCCAAAGUGGUAGCCUUCUGACGUGCCUACUGGCUACCGUCGUGAUGUGUGCGGGUCAAGUGUUAUUAAAGCUGCGCCGCAGCACCGGUGGCUGGGAGCUGCAUCGGCCACGGCUCGGCAGUUUGUGUAUAUAUGUAGUGUUCUGCAGCGCGUUGCUAUCGCACAAUGCCUUCGUUCUAGCUAGGCCAAACCUAAGCGCACCGGCCAGCGGCGAGAAGCCGGUCGCCGGUCAAUUAUCGCCUGUGGAUCUGGUGUUCGAUGCCAGUAGCGGACCGCUAACGAGUGCGAGUCAAUUAAAACGUUCUGCCGAGGCGGCGGCCAUCAUCGCAACAACCGUACCGUCGUCGAACGUCGACGGUGGUCAUGGCGAUGAGACCGCAGUCGGACAUGGCAAGGCGGCUGAAGGUGAGGGCGGACAUGGCCACGACCGGUAUCCCGUUUCGCAGGUGGACUUUUCGCGCGUCGAAACUCCGUUCGUGAUCGGUGUCUGGAUUCUGUCUGCUAGCAUAGCGAAGAUUGGUUUCCACAUGACGCCCAAGCUGAGUCGCAUUUUCCCCGAAUCCUGCCUGCUGAUCGUGGUCGGCGUCAUCAUCGGUGUGCUGUUGCGGUACGCAACCAACUUGCACGUGUCGCCCCUGACACCGGAAACGUUCUUCUUCUACAUGCUGCCGCCGAUCAUCCUCGACGCCGGCUACUUCAUGCCGAACCGCAUGUUCUUCGAUAACAUUGGCACCAUCCUCCUGAUGGCUGUGAUUGGUACGAUAUUCAAUAUCGCCACCAUCGGUACCUCGCUGUGGGCCUGCGGUCAGACCGGCAUCUUUGGCGUCGACCUACCGUUUCUGCACAUCUUCCUGUUCGCGUCGCUAAUUGCAGCCGUCGAUCCGGUGGCAGUGCUGGCUGUGUUCGAGGAGAUACACGUCAACGAGGUGCUCUACAUUGUGGUGUUCGGUGAAUCGCUGCUUAACGAUGCUGUCACUGUUGUAAUGUAUCAUAUGUUCGAGGUGUACAACCAAAUAGGUGCUAGCGAAAUCAUAGCCGUUGACAUCAUAUCAGGCGUUGCAUCAUUCUUUGUGGUUGCACUCGGCGGUACCAUUAUCGGUGUCAUCUGGGGCUUCCUGACUGGAUUGGUGACACGCUUUACUGAUCACGUGCGCGUUAUCGAACCGAUCUUCAUCUUUGUGAUGGCUUAUCUGGCGUACUUGAAUGCGGAAAUUUUCCACAUGAGCGGUAUCCUGGCCAUUACUUUCUGUGGAAUAACGAUGAAAAACUAUGUCGAGCAGAACGUGUCGCACAAAUCGCACACUACCAUUAAGUACGCACUGAAAAUGUUGUCCUCCUCGGCGGAAACGAUCAUCUUCAUGUUCCUGGGCGUUGCCACCGUUAACAACCAGCAUGUGUGGAACACUUGGUUCGUUUUGCUGACAAUAAUCUUCUGUUCAGUGUAUAGAAUUUUAGGUGUUUUGAUACUGUCAGCGUUAGCGAAUCGUUUUAGAAUUCACAAGCUAACUAAAGUAGAUCAAUUUGUUAUGUCUUAUGGAGGCCUUCGAGGAGCUGUUGCGUUUGCUUUAGUGUUAUUGGUGGAGAAGGAUCACAUUCCGCUGCAGCCAAUGUUCUUGACGACGACGAUUGCGGUCGUGUACUUUACAGUAUUCCUGCAGGGCAUCACCAUAAAACCGCUAGUCAAAAUACUGAAUGUGAAGCGUUCGAGCAAACGCAAACCAACCAUGAACGAGCGUAUCCACGAACGGUUUAUGGAUCACAUGAUGGCUGGCAUUGAGGAUAUCGUGGGCAAGACCGGCAACUACAAUAUACGCGAUAAGUUUAAGAGAUUCGACAAUAGGUUCAUUCGUCCAUAUUUGAUCAAGAAUUUACAGGGUCCGGAGCCGAAGAUUUUGGAAACCUACUCUAAGCUAACGAUGCGCGACGCCAUGGACUACAUGCGGCGCAACCCAUCCACCAUCGGACAAAUGUCUGGAACUGAAUCAAUGAGUGCAUUAUUUAGAAACUACACGUCCUACUUCGGCGGAAGGUGCGGCGCCACAAUGCUCGGCACAUGCCCUAGCUUUACGAACCUUGAAAAUUCGACCCGCAACCUGGACAUGCAGGAGCUGGAUUACAAUCCUUCGAAGAAAGACUUAACGGAUGCCAAAAUACAUCAUUUGCUGUCGGAAGAGCUUAAACCAUACCGCCGGGCCCGAAGACUUAGCUACAGCCGGCAUGCUGUGGAUGAUCGCGAUCUUUCAACACAGGUCAACUACAAAAUGCAGAUGAACAUACGCCGUAUGAUAAGUGAAAAGAAACAUCACAAGCGUAGCAAGCGCGUGAAGGAUGGCAAGCAGCAAAACCACGUCUCGUUCCCGGAAUUCGCGCAGAACGGAUCGGCGAAACAGUUUGCGAACGAUUACAUCAACGAAGUUCUGCACGAGGACAACGAGGACGAAGAAAGACAGGCGGGACCGGCGGAAGACUGGGACGGAGGUGGCCUUACGUUUACCGCCAAAUCAUCGCUGGACGAAAGGGGAGCAGAAAAGGAAGACAAAAGAUUUGCCCGAGAGUCACGAUUUUUGGAAUCGGAGCAACGUGUCGCAACACCGACUGCAAUCGAAUCGGUCCUACCCUGGAAACGGGUCGACGAGAGUGACGAUAAUGGUGCUAUCAAACAGAACGAAUUCCCAUCGUGGGCUUCGAACAAGGAGUAUCUAGCUUACAAUUCACCAAGUGCAACAUUUUUGGGUGGCUUAACGCAACCUAAACAGGCUAAGUCCGUAAUAGGUCUGUUCCGGCGCGAAAGUUCCGGUUCCGGCGGGGUCGUCAUCGGCGGAGUGACUGAUUCCGAGACAUCGACCCCGGUGGCGGCAACCACACCGGUCGGCCGUGUAGCGGUACCGAAGGACAAACGGUCGGCCUCGAUCGCCGGCUACAUCACGAUCGAUGGCGGAGAUGCGGCCGGCAACCCGAUGCUGGAUCCGCUCGGUAUCUCGCGGGCCGGGCCGCACGCGAAUGCGUUCCCGGUGACCGCUAGCCAUCGGCGUAACAAUCGGCGCGGCUCGAUGCUGGAACUAAGCGGCGAGGCAAUCCCAGAAGAAAACUACACCAAAUCCCUACCCGAACGAGACAAGUACGGAGCCCGCCGAGCACCAGCUCUAAUCAAAGCGUCGUCCACCAACACACCGAAGUCGGCUGCCGGGCGUCGUUCGGGCGGUCCGGUGAACCCACAAACUACAGCCCUCCUGUCCGCCAGCUCGACCGAUUCGGACGAGGAUGACGAUGUGGUGGACGGUGGCCACCGGCACCGGUCCGGUGAUGCAACGCGCCGACUAAAUGGCGGGGAAGACGACGAGGAGGACGAGGACGACGAUGACGAGGACGAGGACUGUGCGGACGAGCAGCAUCCCAUAUGAGAAAUAUUCAUCUAGGGUAGUCGCUUGUACUAUCG